GCGAGCUGUGGAUGCGGAGGAGCGCCGCGGCCUGGCCUUUGCCGUCUGUCUGCGGAGGGCACUCUCAGGACCGACGCCAAUAUGAUGCUGUCAAGGGCAAAGCCUGCUGUAGGCGGGGACCCACCGCACACUGACAAAAGAAAGAAAAAAGGCAGGAAGAUACCAAAACUCGAGGAGCUACUUUCACAAAGAGAUUUCACUGGAGCUAUUACCCUAUUGGAGUUCAAACGUCAUGUUGGGGAACAAGAAGAAGAUACUAAUUUGUGGAUUGGAUACUGUGCUUUUCACCUGGGUGACUACAAGAGAGCUUUAGAGGAAUAUGAAAAUGCAACAAAGGAGGAAAAUUGCAAUCCUGAAGUCUGGGUGAAUCUAGCCUGUACCUACUUUUUUCUUGGAAUGUAUAAACAAGCUGAAGCUGCUGGAUUCAAAGCUCCAAAAAGCCGACUUCAAAACCGCCUCCUCUUUCAUUUGGCUCACAAGUUUAAUGAUGAGAAGAAGUUGAUGAACUUCCAUCAGAAUCUUCAGGAUAUCACAGAAGAUCAGCUCAGUUUGGCCUCAAUCCACUAUAUGCGAUCUCACUACCAAGAAGCUAUUGAUAUUUAUAAGCGAAUACUGCUAGAUAACAGGGAAUACCUUGCCCUCAAUGUUUAUGUGGCUCUAUGUUACUACAAGUUGGAUUACUAUGAUGUGUCUCAAGAAGUUCUGGCUGUUUACCUUCAGCAAAUUCCUGACAGUACCAUCGCACUCAAUCUGAAGGCCUGUAAUCAUUUUCGCCUUUACAAUGGCAAAGCAGCUGAGGCAGAACUCAAAAGCUUGAUGGACAACGCUUCUUCUUCCUUUGAAUUUGCUAAAGAGCUCAUCAGGCACAAUCUGGUUGUUUUCCGAGGAGGCGAAGGGGCUUUGCAGGUUUUGCCUCCCCUGGUUGAUGUCAUUCCUGAAGCUCGGCUAAACUUAGUGAUUUACUACCUCCGUCAAGAUGAUGUACAAGAAGCUUAUAACUUAAUCAAGGAUCUGGAACCUACUACUCCUCAGGAGUAUAUCCUCAAAGGAGUGGUCAAUGCAGCCCUUGGCCAGGAAAUGGGGUCGAGAGAUCAUAUGAAAAUUGCCCAGCAGUUUUUCCAGUUGGUGGGAGGAUCAGCUAGUGAAUGCGAUACGAUCCCAGGGAGGCAGUGCAUGGCUUCCUGUUUCUUCCUGCUCAAGCAAUUUGAGGAUGUCUUAAUUUACCUCAACUCAUUUAAGAGUUACUUCUAUAAUGAUGACAUCUUUAACUUUAAUUAUGCCCAAGCCAAAGCUACAACCGGGAAUACCAGUGAGGGCGAAGAGGUUUUCCUUUUAAUCCAAAGUGAGAAGUUGAAGAAUGAUUAUAUUUACCUCAGUUGGUUAGCUCGGUGCUAUAUAAUGAAUAAAAAACCAAGACUAGCCUGGGAACUUUAUCUCAAGAUGGAAACCUCUGGCGAGUCCUUUAGCCUCUUACAGCUCAUUGCUAAUGACUGCUACAAGAUGGGCCAGUUUUACUAUUCGGCCAAAGCCUUUGAUGUUCUAGAGAGGCUUGAUCCUAACCCUGAAUAUUGGGAAGGCAAGAGGGGUGCCUGUGUGGGCAUUUUCCAGAUGAUCUUAGCUGGGAGAGAGCCCAAAGAGACCCUUCGAGAAGUGCUCCAUCUACUGAGAAGCACCGGUAACACCCAAGUAGAGUACAUCAUCCGCAUCAUGAAGAAGUGGGCCAAGGAGAACAGAGUGCCUGUCUAACAUCGCUCCAGAGGCCUGGGGAGCCAGUCCCUGCUUUGACAUAAAAUUGGAAAUCAUUUUCCUCAAGUUUCUGCAAGAUGCAGGGCUCUGUUUUAUUGACGUUUUCCUUUCUUGAUCUUCAAGCCACAAGACCAGUGACUCUGAGACCUUGCCUCCUGGCUGAACCAAGUGCCAUAGCCUAUGCUGUGGCCCUUUGCGAUCUGACCAGCAAUAAGACUGUGGACUUAUCCAGUGCCUUUCUUGCAAAGAUACUCGGAGUACUGUUAUGUAAUUUACUGACUUUAAGGAGAAUGGCAUAACUUUUUUUAUAUAAACAUUCUGUGGCAUUUUUUCCAAGCUGAAAUAACAAAUGCCAUUAGUGCUCAAGAGUCACCAUCAUUCUGUCAUCUUAUUUUUAGUCGUCUCUAUACACUACCCCUUGUUACUAGGGAAUUCUGUAGAGAGUUUCGUAAUGCAUCUCUGAAGCUUGGGAGAACAGAACUUAUAACUAGCUAUACGAUUAUAAGAUGGCAGUAAGAUCCUUUAUCAAGCUGUCCCGUUAUUAAUAGAUAAUAG